AUCCAUGUCAUAUCUAUGGAAUUUCAUCCCUUGUAUUGCAAUCAAUCUUUAUAAAUCAACAAGGUUCUAUUACUCUCCCAAUUCUUCAAGUAAAGAGCAAAGAAGUUUCACAAAUUAUUGACAAAUUAAAGUAUGAUUUAUUAGGAUAUGAUCUUACUCAUUUUACAGCUCAGAUCCUCAUCCAUCCCCAUUACAAUACUUAAUUAAUGGGUUUUAUUUUUCAUGGUGAAAGACUCCACCUUUCCCCUUCCAUUAGUUACUUGUUUAUUGGUUUUCACACUCGAUUGUAAAAAUUUACCUUCAUUUUGUUCUUGUUGUUUAUCCUUUAUUGCAAUCAUGUCCCUUUCACAGACAUUUUUAUUUGUUCUUUUCUCUAAAUUUUAGUAUUUUGCUUUUGGAAUCGUUGUUCAACCGAUCCAUUGUGGUUUAAUCUUGCACGCUAACACAGUCAGUGCUCUAAUCUUUUGGUUUCAGGUUUCUGGGUUUUCAUUGACCUUGUUAUAGUGAGGUGUGUAGAGCUGAAUUGGUGAAACUAAUGGCGGGAUUGGUAGGGCCUAGAUUGUACAGCUGCUCUAAUUGCGGAAACCAUGUUUCACUUCAUGAUGAUAUAGUUUCUAAAGCUUUUCAGGGAAAACAUGGUCGAGCUUUCCUGUUCUCCCAUGCCAUGAAUAUAGUUGUUGGGGCAAAGGAAGACAGGCAUCUUUUGACAGGUCUGCAUACUGUGGCUGACAUCUCUUGUGGUGAUUGCCAUGAGGUGUUGGGGUGGAAGUAUGAACGAGCCUAUGAGGUUUCACAGAAAUACAAGGAAGGGAAGUUCAUAUUCGAGAAGUCGAAAAUUGUCAAGGAAGCUGUUCUAGACAAUGAUUUACUGUAGGAAAUCAGAAGCAUGUUAUGGAAAGGAUAUGGCCUCGAUUUGGUUUCCUUGCUGGUUCCAGAACUGCAGAAGAUGCAGAGCAGUUAAAUUUAGUCAUAUACUUCCAGUUACCGAGUGAAGCAAUGCAGUCCUGUUAAUUCACCUCGAUUAAUUUAUUUUUCAGUUCUACAGAAUUGAGCUCUUUGAGUGAGCAGCUAGAUACUCCAUUCAAAAUAAGAGUACGUACUUGGCCUUAUGCGUCA